UGAGCGGGGGCGCUAUAGCGCACAGGAGAUCGCAUGUCGUCUUGGGAAAAACGCUUUUGUUUUCCUUUGCAGAAAAGUCAUGGAAGCGUGUUUGAAAACAAGGGCCAUUGUGGCAACGCGUUAUGUUGCUCUCGGGCAAGUUUAUAUAUGAUGGACUAUUUUACGCUACUUGACAGGGACUUUAGUACUUUGCGGGCCGUUUGACGCCUCGCUGAGGAAACAGUUAUCCGAGCUGCUGCAGACUGGAAGGCGGAAGGAGAAGGGAAUUCCGGGGGAAAGAACGGGAAAAAGCCCAGCUAUGGAUCAGAGAUGCUUUGGUUUUUAUUUCGAAGCAGAUUUAUUACAGCAGUCGAUUAGAUUGGAAACCCAGCCGCUGAUUUAGAGGCAUAAUAAAACUUAUUUUUUUUCGUCUUGUCCUAUUAAUGCCGUACAUGAAAACUGUUCGUGAGUGAGAGAGUCAAAAUGGCGGCGGGUUGGCCCAUCCCCCAGGCCCUGUUCAUGAUCAUACUGAGUGCUGCUGUGGGCCUGGACCCGUGUCCGUCAGCCUGUACCUGUUCAGAAACUCCAGACGGGACUAAACUUUUGGACUGCAGUCGGAAAACGCUGUCCGACCCUCCUGUGGGAAUCCCAGCAUGGGUCACUCAUGUGUCUCUGAAUAAUAAUGAGCUCUCAGGUGUGCCUUUUCUUGGAGAUGCUUCCUCAAACAUCACUGUGUUGUCUCUGGUGUAUAACCGAAUCUCUGAAGUGGUCGCUGAACAUCUUCUGCCCUAUUCAGUCCUGGAAAGUCUGGAUCUGAGCUCCAACUCCAUCUCCGAGCUGAAAGCUGGAUCAUUUCCUCCUAUGCAGCUAAAAUACCUGAAUCUGAGCAACAACAAAAUCAGCUCUCUAGAGCCGGAUUGCUUUAAUAACAUCAGCUCUCUCCUGGUGCUGAAGAUCAACAGAAACCGGCUAUCACUACUGUCCGUUAAAGUUUUCACUCUGUCUCAACUGCAAAUUCUGGAGUUAAAACGCAAUAAGAUCAGAGUAGUAGACAGUUUGAUCUUCAAAGAACUGAAGGCUCUGAAGUCUCUGAAGAUGCAGAGGAACGGCAUCACGAAGUUGAUGGAUGGAGCUCUUUUUGGACUUGCUGAUAUGGAGGAAUUGGAGCUGGAGCACAAUAAUCUCACCGAGUUAAAUAAGGGCUGGCUGUAUGGCCUGCACAUGCUCCGUGUGCUCCGACUCAGCCACAACAACAUCGGUCUCGUCCGAGCCGACGCCUGGGAGUUCUGCCGCCGCCUGGAAGAACUAGAUCUGUCCUAUAAUCACUUGAGUCGUCUGGAGGACUGGGCUUUCUCUAGCCUUGGGCUGCUGCAGAGUCUAAACCUGGGCGAGAAUCGCAUAACGCACCUUGGAGAGGGAGUUUUCGACAGCCUGGCAAACGUCCGCACACUAGAUAUCCGUAACAACGACAUAUCUCUUGUUAUUGAGGACACGGUCAGCUUGUUUGCAGGCAUGAAAAAGCUCAACACGUUGGUACUUCAGAAGAACAACAUCAGAACCAUCACGGAGAAGGCUUUUGAGGGUCUGAAAGAACUAGAGCAUUUAGAUUUGAGUAAGAACCGGAUCAUCUCUAUUCACCCUGAGGCAUUAUCUCGCUUGAAACUCAAAUCCCUCGAGUUGAACACCAGCGGUCUCCUCUGUGACUGCAAUCUGAGGUGGCUCAGCCAAUGGCUUGUUGACGGCCUCUUCCAGCAGUCCUGCACCGCUGUGUGUGCAUAUCCCACCCCGUUGGCAGGCCAGAGUGUCUUUAGUAUCCCCCUGGAAGAUUUUGUGUGUGACGGCUUCCCUCGGCCACAGAUUAGCGGGAACCCCAGGACAGUGGUGGCCCUGCGCAGCACCAACGUCACUCUCAACUGCUCUGCCUUCAGCACUAGUGACUCUUCCAUGAACGCCACCUGGCGGAAAGACAAAGAGGUGCUGUCUGAUGCGCAAGUGCAAAACUAUGCCCGCUACCAGGACCAGCAGCUCAUCUACACCAGCGUUCUCCAUCUGCUUAAUGUUAACUUCACUGAUGAAGGACGCUACCACUGCGUAAUCUCCAACAACUUUUGCGCCAACUACUCCACUGAGGCCAAAGUGACUGUUAAUGAGCUGCCCUCCUUCCUGAAGACACCCAUGGACCUGACUAUCCGGACUGGGACCGUUGCACGGUUGGAGUGUGCGGCAGAAGGACACCCUCCCCCGCAGAUUGCCUGGCAGAAGGACGGGGGCAUCAACUUCCCUGCUGCCCGUGAGAGAAGGAUGCAUGUCAUGCCCGAAGACGACACCUUUUUCAUCGCCAACGUGAAGGCCGAGGACAUGGGCGUGUACAGCUGCACUGCCAAAAACGAGGCGGGCAGUCUGUCAGCCAAUGCCACACUCACUGUGCUGGAGACGCCAUCAUUCCAGCGCCCUCUAGAGGAUCGUACGGUAGCACGUGGCGAGACUGCUGUUCUUCAGUGCAUAGCCCGCGGUAGCCCCGCCCCACGCCUCAACUGGACAAAAGAUGAUGGCCCAUUGCUACUCACAGAGCGUCACUUUUUUGCAGCAGCCAAUCAACUCCUUAUUAUCGUGGAUGCCAGGUCUGCGGAUGCAGGGAAAUACACCUGCAUAAUGUCCAACACGCUGGGCACAGAGCGAGGACACAUCUACCUCAGUGUCUCGUCCUCUCCCAACUGCGAGCAGGCGGGCGGUGGCUAUGACCCGGAUGGCUGGACUACAGUGGGCAUUGUGGUGAUGGUGGUUGUGUGUUGUGUGGUGGGCACAUCGCUGGUUUGGGUGAUAGUCAUCUACCACAUGAGACGCAAGAGCGAGGACUACAGCAUCACGAACACGGAUGAGAUGAACCUGCCAGCAGACAUCCCCAGUUACCUGUCAUCCCAGGGCACGUUGUCUGAGCCUCAGGAAGGCUACAGCAACUCUGAGGCAGGCAGUCAUCAGCAGCUCAUGCCGUCCCUGACUAAUGGCUAUGCUCAUAAAGGAACUGACGGUGUGUGUUACGGUGAUGUGGUAGGCGAGAUGGACCCAGAGACCAGUGGGAUGCUGGGUAAUCGUGUUGGGUCCCUGUUUGCUGGGCGCAGCAGCUUCCAUCCGGGAGAGCCAAGGGACAGUCUGGUGCAUAUGUCCAAUGGUCUGUGUGCAUGUGGUAGUGCCCCAUUGGUCAUCUGCUCAGACUGUUAUGACAACGCCAACAUCUACUCUCGCACAAGGGACUACUGCCACUACUCAUAUCUGAGUGAAGAAGAUGCUUUGGACGCCCAGCUGCCCAGAGACACAAGAAGAGAGGGGCAGCAUGAGGAUGCAGCGCUGCAUGACCUGAUCACCCGAGACUCUCAGGAGCCCCAGCACCACGCCUUACACCACUACCGUAGCAAAGAUGUUCCAAGCAGAUCGUUUUGGAGUGGCGUAGACCCUCAUUCCUCUGAGUUGUCCACGGGUUCAGUGACUGUCCACAAGCCACCAACAGGUCCCUCUAAUGGGAACGACCAUGAGGAAAGAACAGGAGGGCUAGAGGAAGCCUCGUACAGGACUAACCCUCAGGAUCAGAACCCUCCGAACACAUAGAGCCCAACCAACACCCGGUGUUUACGCCCUGCUCAGCGUGACCUACAAUCCCACUACCUCUUCCAAGAAAACUCACACUCUGUCAAAAAAAAAAAGAAACCCAAACUCCACUCUCUUCUGUGUUUACAAUCUGUACCGUUCCCUCAUUGGAUCCUUGUGUGUGUGUGUUUCUUGUGAACAACCCUUUCUAGGACACGGUGGUGAUGAUCUUCCCACUGAUUCCAUACAAACGGAUCCUCUGGUUUAAGUUGAGACUCUGAAUGUAAUGUUUCUUGUAGAGAGUCUUGCUCACUCUGCCUUUUGUCUUAAGGAUUGUUUUGCCCUUUUUCCCCCUUUACUGCGGGGAACAUGAACUCCCAUGUUUAUGCCAAAGCAUCGAGCCAGCCCUCUUUUAUGCUGCCCAGGCUUUGAAAAAGUGGUCAUCAUUGUCCUUGUAGGAAUCCUUGUAUGAUUCAGUGUCUGUAUUGUUGAAUAUAUGUAGGAGGACAUCACUCAGGCAGUUGAAUGCUUUCAUGGAGACAAACUCUGCAUUACUGUUUCCUGUUGGUCACAUCGAGCAGGUGAAGCUGGCAUGUAGGAAUAUUUUUCCUUUAUUAGAGUGGAAUGUGGUAAGAUGAAGUUACUCUUUGUCAGAUAAUGUUUUUUUUUGUGCGUGUGUUUUGUUGUCGACCCCACAAAGCCAGACAUGUACUCCAUUCCUUCUUUGUUUUUACAAAAGGCACUAUAUCUGACAGAAGAUGUAGAACAUUUGCAACGUUGACAAUCGAGCUACAGCAGUCUUGCAGGGUCCUCCAUGUGCGUAGAGUCAACGGCCACCUUUAUUUUUCCUUCCCUCAAAUACAGUGCAUUCCUGUAUUUAUUUAAUUUUUUAUUCUUAUUCUUAUGCAGGCCUCUAGCUGUUGCUCUCGCUUUGAAGCCAUUUCUCUUCACUAUGUACAAUCUGAAAGACUCACAAAGAAGAGCCACUGUGCUGUUAAAUAUAUGUACGAGUACUGUAUCCACAGUACCUUUUAAUUUCGAUCUUCCUCCCAUGCAUUUUAAAGCCUUAAGGGCAUUAAAUGUGUGUAUCAGACCCGGUUUAUUGCUCUGUCUAAUUCUUAAAUUCAUUUGUACAAUUGGCCUUGGGGUGAUUAUCAAAUUGCAUAUAUCUGUAACACAGACUUCAUCAGUUUUUAACAGUGUGAUUACUGUUUAAAGUGGACACUCUGUAGGACCACUAACACGCCCAAGUUAGUGACCGCAUCAGAUACGUCCGUAUCGGUGACAUUGUCAGUAUUAAUAUCGUUCUCACCAUGGUGACCGUAGAAAUGAAAGGUCUCUUGAUUUGCAUUUUAAGUAAAAAGACACGUUUAACAAGUUCUUGCUCUAGCCAAGUUAACUCAUCCAGCUCAUCCAGUUAUUGAUAUUUUGUUUGGACUGAUAUUCCUCACAUUGCUGAAUUGCCUUUGUUUCAGAUUUUGGUGUCUAAUAGCUACUUCUAUAAAUGGACAGUCCUGUAAUGGGGGACGCUUCUUUAUUCAGCUUACAGCGAUAUUCCACCAUGAAAUAAGCUGUAUGCUUGGGCCAUAAACAGAAUGAUUCCCCUCCCUAACAGUAGAUUUUGUUCUGAUCGUUAGCACUUUGUCUGUAGUACCUAGACUGAUGUUCAUUGCAGUACAUGUACCAUUCUUUCUUUUUACCUGGGAUUUUUCCAAUUUCACCCACACUUGGUACAAUCCUAUAAAUGCUGCACAUCCCAUAGGAGGAUAUUUUGUUCCAAAGAGUGUGUGUGUGUGUGUGUGUGUGUGUGUGUGUGUGUGUGUGUGUGUGUGUGUGUGUGUGUGUGACUGAGUGUGAGAGAGUGAAAGAAAGAAAGACUGAGACGAAACUGAGGUACUCUAACAUGUAAUUGUAAAAUGUGUGUAUUGUGAAGUGCACUGCAGCAUUGCGUCACUACAGCCAGAUACAGUACGUAUCACGUAAUGUGUUAUGUUAUAUUUAUUUGACGUGAAUAUGCCGUUGCUCAGUUGUUUGCUCACAAGUGUCUUCUGGUGCCACAUUUUCCACAUAGUUUGAAAUGUUUUUUUAUUUUUAUUUUAGGAUAUAAUCUCAAUAUAAUGAACAUGUGUUGAUGUAUUGCAUUUGUUUCAGCUUGCUGUCCUGAUUUCCAGCUGUUUUAUGAUUUGCACAUGAUCCUUCAUUCCACUUUACAAAUCCUAGCGCAGAGCCAUGAUGUUUAUGCAGUUCUAUGAAUAGUAGCAGAGGGUGUGUACUGCCAGAGGUUUAUUGUGAAGUUUUCCAGGAAUUAAAAGCCGUUAAGAUCGGGGAUUAGUAGCUGUAGAGAAUAUCACUGCAAUUACUUGCACACAUUUGCUGUAAGAAAUGUAAAGCAAAGUAAAUUCACUGUCCUAUACGAAAGAUAUUUGAUGGUACAGUUAUAAUGGCUUUUACCGAGCAAUUAAAAACUUCUCAACAGAAAUUUCUCUCUGGUCUGAGAGUUCGAGUUGAAGGGCACAAAUGUAAGCAAAAAAAGUUUGAAUUUGGUUCACAAUUACACAUCUGCCAAUAUGUCUUUCUGAAUUUAAACCAAAGUUCAGCAUUAAUACUCUGACACUAUUCCAGUGCUGCUUUAAUGUACUUUGCUUGUAUAUUUUUUUUUUCAAUAUUGUACCUGUACAUUCUGUAAAGCAUGUAUAAAGAACUUUUUUUGUUUUGAUGUUGCAUAUUACACAAUAAAAUGCAAAUUCUGA